UACAGCUUGUUUAUUAGAGCAAGAGAGAGAAAUAUGAAUUGUCUGGGGGUUGCAGCUACAGAAGCCCUCUCCCUCUUCUUCUUUGCCCCAAAUGAAACCAAGUUAGGGUACAAAGCUUGAUGAUUGAUUUGAUUCUUUAAUGCGCCAAGAAGAUUAUAAACACUAAGUUUGUCAUCUUAUGUUGCUCUUCCAUCCCUGGUCUGCAUCAACUCCAGCGGCAGAAGUAAAACCAGGUCUGCUUUUGACUGAGAGAGGCCCACAAAAUGGAGAUGAUUGAUAAGUAUCACAUGCACAUUUCUGUUUUAGCCUCACUGUUGCAUUCAUCUUAUGGGCAGUCCUUUGUCAGUGUCAACCACUUAAUUGUAUCUGGCAGCAUGGAUUAGAGCAAAGAAUCCGCAGUGAGCUCUGGCUAAUUUUCUGAUCCCCUCUGUCAAAAAUAGUUGUUGUCAAAGACAUCUUAGACAGAUAAUGGAUGGGCUUUAUCAACUUCCAGUCUUUGAUAGCAGUGAAGUAUAACCGAGGGGGAAUUUUGUACUAGAGAACCUUUGUAAAAUUUGAAUUUCUUCUGCAUUUUCUAGAACGAAAAUACAUAUUGAGAUCUUCACCAGGCUUGGUGGAUUCAUUGAUGGUCAUGGAUGAAGAAGCACCACUAUCUGCUGAACUUCCUAAGAAACUCCCAGCUGUUGAUUUCUCUGAUUCUGGUGAUCCAACCAAGUCCCUCACCAUCAAGAUAGCAAGCUCUAGCUGCAAACCAGGUAAGGAGUUUCUAGCUCCCCUCAUAUCUCCAAACAUAAAAACCUCAGCUGAACCAUCACCAUACAACUCUCCAUCACUCAUCUCUCCACCAUCAUCAGCAUUUGUUUCUGCUCUGCAGUCACCAUACAUAUCUCCAAGAGCUCAAAUCCCCAAUCUCCAGGAGAACCCAACUCCAGUUACCCACCCGUCUCCGCCCAUAUCAUACUGUGGUUCCCAGUCUGAUGACAUCCCAAGCUGUUCCUACACUCCCCCGCCAGAGAGAAAUGAUUUUUCUGAUGACCCAACUGACCCAAAACUCAAAUUUGUGACCUGCGUCCCAGUUCCAGACCCGGCUCCUCCUAGAAUCUCCUUCUCAUUCCCAGUCCCUCGAAUUUCCUUUGCAAAAGGCUCUGUUUCUCCGGCUUCUAAUGCAAAACUCAGGAGCUGUGACGUUUACAUAGGCUUCCAUGGCCAGAAUCCCAACUUGGUGCGCAUUUGUAAGUGGCUUAAAUCAGAGCUCGAGCUCCAGGGAAUUGCUUGCUUUAUUGCAGAUAGAGCAAAGUAUUCAGAUAAUCAAAGUCAUGAGAUUGCUGAUCGUGUCAUCUGCUCAGUGACGCAUGGCAUUGUGGUUGUCACUAGUUCUACCUUCCUCAACCAUCACAGCCUAGAGGAAAUCAGAUUCUUUGCUCAGAAGAAGAACUUGAUCCCCUUCUUCUUUGGCACAGACCCUGCUGAGAUCAUGAGUCUUCUCAACCACAAUUCAAUUGACAAAGAAUGCAAAGAAGCAAUUGAAAGAUUGAUGAAGUCUCAUGAAUUCAAGCUGGAAGCCAGCGAGGGGAACUGGAGAAGCUGUGUAUCUAAAGCUGCUGGGAUUUUAAGGGCAAAGCUUGGAAGGAGAAGUGUCGCCGAGAAGGAGGUGGAAGGAUUUGAGGAGUUACCUUUCCCAAGAAACAGAUUUUUUGUAGGAAGAGAGAAGGAGAUGAUGGAAAUGGAAACUGCCUUCUUUGAAAGUGGGGAUUGUCUGGAGCAAGAUGGUUCUGUGCCGAUUGUUAAAGGAGGAGCAACUGGGCAAUGUGAUGGUUUUGCAGAUGAGGAAAGCGAUGCAGGCACAACUAGAGGAGAGAAGUAUAUUAAUUUAGAGGUGGGUAAGUGCAAGGAACCAACUUUAGAGGCUUGGGUUGAACCAGUAGUUGGAAGAAGCUCAUUGAAGAGGCCAAAAUACAAGAAAUCAAAAAGUGGAAACUAUAAGAGCUUUGGUAGCAGCGUGAUCUGCAUUAAUGGAGGUCCUGGUGUUGGAAAAACGGAGCUUGCAUUGGAGUUUGCUUACAGGUAUUCCCAAAGAUACAAGAUGGUUUUGUGGGUUGGAGGAGAAGCUCGGUAUUUUAGGCAGAGUAUAUUGAACCUAUCACUAAAUCUGGGAUUGGAUGUCAGUGCUGAUGCUGAGAAGGAAAGAGGGAGGAUCAGAAGUUUUGAGGAGCAGGAAUUUGAAGCAUUCAAGAGAGUUAAGAGGGAGCUGUUCCGGGACAUGCCUUAUUUGCUGAUUAUCGACAACCUUGAGACCGAGAAAGAAUGGUGGGAAGGGAAGGAUCUACAUGAUCUAAUCCCCAGGAACACCGGAGGGUCCCAUGUGAUUGUCACCACCAGGCUUUCCAAGGUAAUGAAUUUUGACAUUAUGCAUCUUCCACCAUUGUCCUUGUCUGAUGCAAUGAUUUUGAUUAGAGGGAAAAGGAAGAAAGACUAUCCAGCUGAGGAGCUAGAUUUUCUCAUGAAAUUCGAUGAGAAAUUGGGAAGGUCUAGCUUUGGUUUGUGGGUGAUUGGAUCACUGCUUUCUGAACUAGCAAUUUCCCCAUCUGUUCUCUUUGAAGCUGUGAACCAGGUCCCAUUGAAUGAAGGUUCUAAUUGCUCUAAUUUAAGCAUUCUUGACCAACAAUUCUGCAGAAACAAUCCUUUUCUAAUGAAAGUUCUGGGAUUUUGCUUCUCUGUUUUACAACAAACAAAUGGGAAAAGGAACCUCCUUGCCUCUAGAAUGCUUCUUGUUGGUGCUUGGUUUGCCACUGCACCCGUUUCAGCGAAUUUACUUGCCACUGCAGCAAAUCAUAUACCAACCACUGGAAACCGGUUGAGGAAGUGGACCAAGUGCCUGAGUUUGGCACUCCGUUGCUGCUCUGGUUGUUCCUUCUCAUCACAAACUUGGAAAAGCGAAGAGGAUUCAGCCCUUCUUCUCGUUAAACUAGGAUUGGCCCGAAGAGCUAACAGACAGCCUGGAAUUUGGAUUGAGUUCCACUCCAUAACUCAGAUAUUUGCCAGAAGGAAAGAGGGUCUACCUGCAGCCAGGGCAACAGUCUUAGGUGUAAGGAAAAUUGGAAACCCUUUGGUAAAUUCAGACCACCUAUGGGCUUCUGCCUUCCUUGUAUUUGGCUUUAAAUCCGAGCCUCCACUGGUCCAACUAAAGGCAAUUGACAUGGUGUUAUUCAUCAAGAAGACUGCUCUCCCUCUAGCAAUUAGGGCCUUCACCACUUUCUCCCGGUGCAACUCAGCUUUGGAGCUCCUGAAGGUAUGCACAAAUGUGCUUGAGGAAGUAGAGAAAUCAUUUGUGUCUCAGAUACAGGACUGGUGCCAUGGCUCACUUUGCUGGAAGAAAAAAGUACAGUCUAGUCAAAGGGUGGAUGAGUAUGUAUGGCAGGAUGUGACACUGUUGAAGGCUACAUUGCUGGAGACCAGAGCAAAGUUGCUGUUGAGAGGUGGACAUUUUGAUAGCGGGGAGGAUCUCUGCAGAACUUGUAUCAGUAUCAGGACAGUAAUGCUGGGCCAUAACCAUGCCCUAACCUUGGCUGCUCAGGAAACAUUGGCAAAGUUAGUAAGAUUACGGAGUAAAAUAUGAUUUUCGCUUCUCACUGAACAAUCAGUCUUAUACAUGGGGGGCUCAGUUUUGCUCACACUGUAAUCAUUAUAUAAUUAUCAAUUAACAAUCAGUUGUGCAGCUUUCUCUUUUA